AGGGAGGAGGCCGUCUGCGAGGUCCGGGGAAGACCAGGGGCUGACGCCACUCUGGGGCGGUCCUGGGAGCCGAGGGCCGAUGGGCUUAGGCCCGAGGUCCCGGGAGGAGCGGCCAGCGGCCACGUGACCGAGCGCGGCAGGGCCCGCAACCCAGAAACAUCAGCAGCCACGGUUCCGCCCUGGGCUGCGGCGAGGGGAAGGCGGGGACUGGAGACGCCGGCUGGGCGCGGGCGCGGCGCAGGUCGGUCCUGGAGGAUGCUGAGCCCCUGCCCGGCCCGGCCCCGAGCACAUGAUGGCGAUACGCGAGCUCAAAGUGUGUCUUCUCGGGGACACUGGUGUUGGGAAAUCGAGCAUUGUGUGUCGAUUCGUCCAGGAUCACUUUGACCACAACAUCAGCCCGACCAUUGGGGCAUCUUUUAUGACCAAAACUGUACCUUGUGGAAAUGAACUUCAUAAGUUCCUCAUCUGGGACACUGCUGGCCAGGAACGGUUCCAUUCACUGGCUCCCAUGUACUACCGUGGAUCUGCUGCAGCUGUCAUAGUAUAUGAUAUUACCAAACAGGAUUCAUUUCAUACCUUGAAGAAAUGGGUGAAAGAACUGAAAGAACAUGGUCCAGAAAACAUUGUAAUGGCUAUUGCUGGAAAUAAGUGUGAUCUCUCAGAUAUCAGGGAGGUUCCCUUGAAGGAUGCUAAGGAAUAUGCUGAGUCCAUAGGUGCCAUUGUGGUUGAAACAAGUGCAAAAAAUGCUAUUAAUAUUGAAGAGCUCUUUCAAGGAAUCAGUCGCCAGAUCCCACCCUUGGACCCCCGUGAAAAUGCAAACAACGGAGCAAUCAAACUUCUGAAGCCCCCCACACCAGGCACCCGGCGGUGCUGCUGACCCCUGGGCCGCAUCCACCGCAUGUGAGGACGCCAGCGCCCACCUCCCUGUGCACUGCUGAAGGGCCUCCCAUACCUGGUGGUCUGGCGCCUUACCUAGAGAGAAGUGAGCGCGCCAGCUUGGCAUCAUGAAGAUCUGCAGGGCAGAAAAUGUCCCUGGAAAAGGAUUUUUUAAACUCUGAAAAAAUCCACCACACCACCAAAAGAUGGCCUUCAGUGUGUGAAAUACACACGGGAUGGAACGGAUGUUAGGUGAUAAGUACAGUUGAGUUUUUUUGUUAAAAACCUUAAAAUAUUCUUACAUUUGUACAAAAGUCUUACUGGCUUGUAAUGUGUUGUGUUCCACUGUGAUUUCCCGGGCUCCCUAGCCAAAGUUUUGGAAUUUCUUCCACUCAGUUGCCUUUGUUAUUUAACCAGCCUUCGCCAAAAGGCUAAUUUACCUCUCAGUGGAGUGUGAAUGGACCAUCGCUCAAGCUAUAGACUUGAGCUCUUAUCAAAGUGUAGAAAGAUGUAUUAGCAAUUUUUGUCUACAUCUCUUUUACUUGGUGAACAUUUUUCUAAAUUUUGUCUUAUGUAAACAAAACCACAUCUGACUAAAAAUUACAUUGCAUAUAUUUUUUAAUUACAUAAAAAUUACAUUGGGGAUUGGGUGGCCUGGUUUGAAAGGGUCAUUUAAGUAGUUACUGUGUAAGCAGUGACAGAUGUAGGGUAUAAAUAUGACUCCAGGGGUCACCUGGUAUGCAUCACCUCCACAGUAAUGAAUUCCUACUCUCUUAGAGAAGCUUAACAAACAGUAUUAUUUUACUAAGAGGAUAUGUCAUAGCGUCACAUCUAAGGGGAAGGAAUUAACUGGAGGAUAUUUGAGUCUAAAUCAUAGGACAAAUUUCUAAGCAUAUGAAUUAAUAAUAUGUUACAGGAAAGCCAGCCAGAAGAAGCAUCAGCACCUUAACAUUGUAGACCCCAAAACUAGAAAAUUGGAGAAAGCAUUUGAGAAGGUGCCAAGCUGGGGAGGUGGGUAUUAGGGCUAACCAGAGGUCUGGCCCUGUGGUGCCAAUUAGCUGAGAAUAGGCUUCAAUAAAACCUUCCUUUUCAGCUUCCCUGUCUGUUCAGUUAAUUAAGGAUGCCUGAAUCCAACGAAGUAAAGGGAAAGAAGGCAUGGAAACGAAAAAAAGCUGUUCCCAUUGGAAAAUUCAAAUCCUACUACCAUUGUAGCUUCAUAAAAACCUGGAACCAAGGAGCAGUCGGUUUCCUAGUAGGGGUUGUACUGAGGUGAUUCUUAAAGGAUAUUCAGAUCAGUGACUUUUGCGGGAGGAACUUCAGAAGGACAGCCUCAGAAGUGGUGAUCAUGUAGUGUGGUAGUGGGGCCAGCUGGAACCUUCUUUGCCAGGAAUAUUCAAGGCCCAGCAAACAUUAAUUGAAAACCUAUAACGUAAAAGCCAGGAAAGAGAUAGUAAGCUGAUUAAAGAUCGUGAGCUUUCAGUAUAAGCUGGUGCUUCAGGGUCCUGUCAUGGCUGUGCCCACCAUGCUUUCAACAGGGAGAGAGACUCUGAGGCUGCCAUCGACAAAAAAGCAAGAGUCCUUGAGAGACCAGGGCCCAGUUUACACUUCUUUAUGUGGACUGCGAACAGAAUACAGGUGGAAAUCACAGACUCAGGUUUUUUUAACUCACAAAUAUGCUGUCAAUUUGAUAUUCUUACUGCUUCACCCAACUUACAAGAGUAAUUGACAAUCUAAGGACAUGAGGGCUAGCAAUACUUAUUUUUGGUCCAAAAGUGCCUCUUAGCUUUCUCAGACAGGUACCCCCAAAACUAUAAGCAAGUGGCAUUUGGAUGUCAUGGCUGGGCCUUUUUAGGGAGUCUUAGGGUUUUCUCCACAUUACUGACAUGAUACUGCUUGCAGGCCAAGUGGUUAUCAUGCCUCUUUCCAAAGUUAAAAAAUUUAGGUUGCAAAUUAAAUGACAUCUUUCCAGGUGACAUGCAGGCUUUUUCUGGAAUGUUUCCUCACCUAGCUGUUUCUGAGAACCUGGUCUGAUCUCUAGCCAGCCAAUCUGGUUGCCCAGCUGAGAUGGCACACACCCCAGCAAGGUUCACAGCUUUGGGCUGGGUAUUCGGUGGCUGCAUGAAAUAGCUGGUCUUAACCACAUGUAGCAAGCUACCCAAAAAUGAGCCCAUGGGUUUAUUUUCAGAAGCAUAGGAGGGUGAACAACUCUUUUACCUUUCUGUGCUGCCUCAACUAUUCAAGACAGUAUGUGUAUAUAUAAUCACUACUCAGAGCAACUGGUGAAAAGAGCAGAUGGCUUUUGAGCACACAAGUGUUCGCAUAAACAAGGACUCUUCUCUGAGGAUAGAUUCUCAAGCCUUGUCCACAAUGAGGCUUUCUUAUCUUCCUUUAUUUUGCUUUGAGAUUACUUUGGCUGUUCUAAAUAUUGAACUAUAACCACAUAAUAUGUAAAGGCCUGGAAAUUACUAUUGCUCCAGAAUGUCAAGUAGUUUCAUGUGAUGUAACAUCCUUCACUUAACUUUCCAAAAUGUACUCCUUUUCCUCUUCCUUCCUUUCAUGAGCAGUGUAUGUGUGUAUAUGUGUAAAUAGGAUAUCAUAUUUGUUAUGUUGACAUGUAAUCCAUGUCACUGGCCAAGUCUGGGUCAUGACUGUGUGUUAUAUGGUGUAGACAUGGGUUCUCAUAGGGAUUAUUUCCCAGUGAACAUCCCUAAGAUGGGAAUGGCAUCAUGAGACAUUUUACAUAGGUACACAUUUGACUUGCCAUUUUGUAGUUGAAAAUGGUACAUUAAGGUGCUGACUCUGACAUUACCUUGCAGACUAUAGAAGGUUGAAGACCUAAAACUAACCGUUAGACAACAAAUGGGCUGUGCCCCAGUGAGAAUUCAAUUCAGGAAUAUGGCAUGUAAUGGCUGAAACUGAGCUCCCUCUAGGGCACUCCACUUCUCAUUGCUCUGUAAAGCUCAUGGCAAGCUGAGUAAUGAGCUAGCUUAUAAACUGAAGGGCUCUGAGCUGUAUUCAGACCUAUUAGGUAUCUAGUUUAUUCUUUCAACCAACACUGUUGAAACCAGACCCAGUGAUCCAAUUUCAGUGCUCUGUUGUAUAAACUGCUUCUUUUUCUUGUGUUUUUAUAAAGGCUUCUGUCUGGGCUGGACCCAGUUAUUACAUAUAGAAGACGCCUCUGCAGACAAUUAAGACCUUUCCACCUUGUAUUCUACAGUACUGCCUUGCCCUCAAAAUUGCCUGCUUGUAUCUGUUAUUUUGGGUUUAACACACACAGAUUCAUACUAAUAAAUAUUUUAAGUUUUA